UUUUGUUCAGUUGGAAAUAUUUCGCCAUACCGACAGUUUCUCAAGAUCGCAUAAAACUUGUCUCGGCAAGGUAAAAAAAGACGAAUUAUAAAAUGCACCAUUCCACUGCUAUGCGACUGCACAGUGGAAUUACAGAAGAUGCGGGUUAGUUGUAUUUGUUGCUUGUUUAUCGAGCAAUUUCCCAAUCGCUCUUUUCAACGUUGCUUCAAUCCUUUGCCUGGAAUCAUUGUGAGCUGGCCACUCUCCUCAAACAUUUUCAGGUUAUAAGCUUUGGAAAUCAGACAAAAAUCUCUUUAUUUUAAACUGGUUUAAGUACAAUAAAGUGUUUUGUACAAAGCAAAGUUAUAUAGAGAACGUCAUUGUGGUUUUGUCCUACACCACCAAGAACCGCAUAUCAAAACACAAUGGCUACAACACCGGUCGAUACUAUUACACAACCGUUGACCAUGGAUGAGAUUCUGCCAUACAUCGGAGAAUUUGGAAAGUUUCAGAUUCUUCUAGAAGUUGCAUUUUGUGUUAUGGUAAUUCCAAGUUCAAUGCUCAUACUCGUCCCGUACUUUGCGCAAGACAGUCCUCCAUGGACAUGCGUUUCAAAUAGUACACUUUGCCGUCUUAAUGGAACGUUUGAUUCUUAUAGCCGAUUCUAUCAAUACCGAUGCAAUAUGCCAAAGUCAGAAUGGGAAUUCACAAAGCCAAAAGAAUACUCAAUAGUCACACAGUUCGAUUUGCACUGCGACACUGAAGUAUACAGUUACUUGGCCACAUCUUCAGUUUUUAUCAGCUGGGCAUUUGGAGCAGUCGUUCUUGGUUGGGCGUCAGAUAGGUAUGGUAGAAGAAUCAAUAUGCUGAUAUCGACAACUUUUAUCCUUUUGUUUGGGUUCAUCAGCUCGUUCUCUCCAAGUAAUUGGUUCUACAUUUUUGCACGAGCAGUGUUUGGGUUCUUCAUACCAGGAACUUUUAUACAGUCAAUAGUUCUAAUUUCAGAAUUUGUAGGCCCAAAAUGGCGUCCAUUUGCGGGUAUAGCAAUUUGGCUAAUAUCUGCAGUAAGCGUUGUCAUCCUUGGUGUUAUAGCCAUCUUCGUUCAGACGUGGAAAACACUGAUGAUAGUCAUCACAGCUCCAUAUUUUUUCAUCUUGCUGUUUUUCUUGGCCAUUCCCGAAUCAGCUAGAUGGCUUCACGUGAAUGGAAGAAAUGACGAGGCUCUUGCAAUCUUUCGAAAGAUCGCUAAGUGUAAUGGAAAAGAGCUACCAGAAGUUCAACUAAAGAAGAUUGAAGACAACUGUUCCAGCGGAAUAAAACAUUAUCUUCACCUAUUCAAGCCUGCAAAAAUCGCAGUAAGGAGCUUACUCCAAGGAUAUACAUGGAUGGUGUGUGGCUUGGUGUUCUUUGGAGUUUCAUUUGGCGCCGGUGACUUGAGCGGCCACAUACACAGGGACUACAUCAUUACCAGCUUAUUCGACAUACCAGCUGCUGUUCUUGCAAUAUACCUUUGCAACAAAAUUGGAAGAAAGAAGACAGUAAUUAUUUCCAUGUUUAUUGCCGGAAUAUCCUGCAUCGCUGUCUCCUUGAUUCCAAAAAAGUCAGGGAGCAAACCAUCGGAACUUGUUGGUCUUCGAGUUUUCUUUGGAGUGCUUGGAAGGUUUUGCAUCACGUUGUCACAUGAUUCCAUUUACAUAUGGUCGACCGAAAUGUACCCGACUUGCGUAAGGGGUGCAGCCAUGGGCUACUUGCAAAUCUUUGCCCAUAUUGGUUCUUCACUAGCACCUUGGGUGGCAAAAUGGCUCGUCGCCUUCCACGUGGUUCUACCGUUUUCAAUAAUGGGCGGUUUAGCUGUCAUAAGUGCGAUUUUGUUGUUGAGGCUGCCUGAGACGGCUAAUAAGGAAACACUGGAAACACUUGCUGAUCAAUUUGAAAUGAAGGGUAGUCAC